GGGAUCUCGGGCAGUCAGCACGGCAGGUUCAGGAUCACGGAUGAGGUUUCCCAGGGCCGUGCGGCUUGCCGGCGGGUGGGAAAUCUGUGCUGGACUCGAGCGAAAGGCGCUGAAGCUGGCAUUGUGAAACUCGGGUUCAGGAAGAGGCACGGGAGGUUGGAACGCUGUGGUUUUCCUUAGUCCCUGCCGAGGUUUGGGUAGCCUGGAACAAUAGGCCAAGGCUGAAUAACUUGCGCAGUGACAUUCAGGAUCAGGUUAGACGGGGCUCUAACCUGAGGUGGUUGAGGAUCACGGAAUCAUUAAGGUUGGAAAAGACCUCUAAGAUCAUUGAGUCCAACCAUUAAUUCAGCACCACCGAGGUCACCACCAAACCAUGACCCCAAGUGCCACAUCCACAGGUUGUUUGAACACUUCCAGGGAUGGUGACUCAACCUCUUUUCUGGGCAGCCUGUUUCAAUGCCUGGUCUCCCUUUCAGUGAGGAGAUUUUUCCUAAUAUCCAAUCUAAAUAUCCCAUAACAAAACUUGAAGCUAUUCUCCCUUGUCCUGUCGCUUGUUACCUGGGAGGAGAGACCAACCCCCACCUGGCUACAUCCUCCUUUCAGGUGGUUGUAGAGAGUGACAAGUUCACCCCUGAGCCUCCAUUUUUUUCCGCACUAAACAAUCCCAGUUCCCUCAGCUGCUCCUCUAGACCCUUUAGCAGCUUUGACUUCUGAAUACACUCCUCAAUAUUUUUCCUGGAUUUAGGGACCCAGAACUGGACACAGGACUCAAGGCAGCCUCACCAGUGCUGAGUACAGAGGGACAAUCCCUGCCCUGGUCCUGCUGGCCACACUAUUGCUGAUACAGGCCAGGAUGCCAUUGGCCUUCGUGGCUGCCUGGGCACACUGCUGGCUUAUGUUCAGCUGCUGUCAACCAGCACCCACAGGUCCUUUUCUGCCAGGCAGCUUUCCAGCCACUCUUCCCUCACCCCCUGGUGCUGCCUGGGGUUGUUGUGACCCAAGUGCAGGACCUGGCCCUUGACCUUGUUGAACUUCAUGCAGUUGGCCUCAGCCCAUCAAUCCAGCCUGUCCGGACUCUUCUGCAGAGCCUUCCUGCCCUCAAGUAGAGCAACAUUCCCAUCCAGCUUGGUGUUAUCAAAGAUGUCCCUCCUCAUGCCAGGGAGGCUGGACUAUAUGACUUGUAAAGGUACCUUCUAAUCCAAACUCUAUGAAGAAUAAGGUGUUUUGUUGCUAUGCAUAAAACUCAACACAAAAAACUUGCUGUUGAGGAGUGCUGCAGGUUUUUUGGGCAAGUAAUACAAGAGAUUUACCCCAAAGCACCAUGUCCUGCACCUGCAGCCACCUGACAUCAAAGAAAAUGAAUUCUAGGGUGAGGCUCUAUUUGUUUUGCUUCCUUGGGCACACCCAUGCUCUCAACCUUCAGCCUGCUUCUUAUGGCAGGUAGGAGUGUGUAUCUGCUUCCUCAGGCAUCCUUGGCUUCUGGCAGCAGCACAGAGGGAAGAAGUUCAGAAAUCUGGACUGUGGGGCACAGAUGUUACUUGUGAAAAUACAGUGACACAUCAGGACCAUCAACAUUUCAGAAAGAUGAAUAUGGGACAGAGAGUGGACCAAGCCUCUGCGUAUGCUGUCUCUGAAGCUUUUUCCCUUCAAAAGUCAAGGUGCCCACAGAGGCCUUGGGGUCCUGUGACAAGUUUGGAAACUGCAGAACGGCUGCAAGUUCAUCGUGAGGCCUGUGAGGAAGCCCAGGAGCUGCUCAGUAACUGGAUGAAGUCCCAUUUGGAACUGGAGCUGAGUGAUGGAGAAGAGGAAGCUGACUCUGUCCUUCAGGAAGAGCCUUCUGCAACCCCUCCAAAGUAUGAUCACUUUGAUGACUUGUGCAGUUAUCUGGAAUGUGAAAUGGAAAGUUCCUCUGUCCAGAAUUACCUCCAGCAUCUUUUGCAGAGUGAAGCUGUGAACUGUGGGAUAGCAAAACAUCUUAGACUUGAAGAGAUCAAGGAAAAAAACAAACUUUCAGAUCCACGGAUAAUCAUGGAGCUCAGACACAAGCAGGUGAAAGAAAACCGAAUGAGGCAUCAGAAGGCUUUAGAGCUUCAGAGACAAGAAGAGUCCCUGAAGAAAGCAAUUCUGUCUGAGGCCAGGCUCCAAGCACAGGAGGAGGACAGAAGGAAGGCCCUGCAGGCUAAGAAGGAGGAAGAGGAGAUCCAGAGGGAAAUAGUGAAGCUGAGAAAGGAAAUGGCUGAGAGGAAGUACACCAUGGCAAAAGUUUGGAGAAUGGAGGGAAAGAGACAAGAAAAAACUCAGAAGCUGUCAAUGCAGGAGGUGUCUGCUGUGUCACCACCCCUGAAGAGAGAAGAGCAAGGAGAGGAGAAACAGAAGAAGACUCAGGAGUUGCUGCGCAGGAUUCACACCAGUAAGCAGAGAUGCUUGCAGCGACAUUUCUCUGCUUGGCUGAAAGUCGUUCUGGAGCAUAGAAUUAAAAUGGGAAAAGCCAGAGCCCUUGCUGACUGGAGAUGCCAGCUGAAGGCCCUGCGAGCUUGGAGAAACUAUACUUGGGCCCAGAAAGUAGAGCAGGAGACAGAGCAAUUGGAAGUUCAUGUCCAAGAUCAAAACAGGAAAACCCAACUGGCUGUGGAGCACAACCAGCGAUGCCUCCUGCGCUGCUGCUUUCUGGCCUGGCAGCGCUGGAGCCGAGCAGAGACGGAAAAGCGAGAGCUGCAGAUGAAAAGGGAGCAGACAAAGAGAAAGAUGCAACAGCUGCUGGAGGCUGUAUCACUGGGGACAGGUGGGGACAGGCCACUGGAGGUUAACAAGCCUGGGAUGGCAGAAGUAAACCACCAUCAAGAUUUACAGCUAGACAAGCCAACUGAAACUUGCCUCAUACAGAAAGAGCCUGAUCAGACCAGAGACCAGUCUUGUUGGGAUAUUGUUCACACAUCUCGUUUCUGCAGAAACCCCAAAUUUGCCUGGCAGAUUACCAUUAAACAUGCAGCCCUGAGUGCCCAGGACCAGGCUAUGUACAGGAAUCAAAUAGCCACAGUCCUCCAGCAGUUUCAGGCACCCAGUCCAAAGACAUCUGCUUGUGGUAGUCGUUUUGAGCACCGUCACGCCUUCCAGCAACGUGUGAUUGAGGAGCAGAGGCAGCAGCUUCAGAAACAGCAUGAGCUGAUCCUUAAACUGCAGGAAAAUCAGAAGCUGAGCAGAGAUAAAGAAGAGGGAGCACAAGCUAUGGCUGUAACCCAGAUGUUUAACAGUUCUGCUUCUCAAUCCAUGGAGAAAAAAGAAUCCAGUUGCAAGAAUACAACCCCUUUGAGCCCACCUGAUUCUCAUGGGCCAGAAAGCACAAGGGCAGCAAUGCAAGGCAGGAGGCCUUCCAGCAGGCUGACCUCACCUCAUCCCAUACUAAAAGGGAUGGAGGAGAGAGCAAUUCAGCGGGCAGAACAGAAGAGGAAAAUAGAAGAAGCCAAAAAACGAAAAGCAGAGGAAAAAUUGGCCCAGCUGAAGGCUGAAGAGGAAGCACGACAAAGGAAGGAAGCUGAGGACAAAGAAGCACAGCGGGAAAAACGCCGGGAGGAGAGAAGGCAGCAGAAGCUGAAAGAACUGGAGAAGCAGAGAAGGCUGGAGAAAGAACAGCAGCUCCAGAAAAAGGCUAGAGAUCACUAUGAUAAGGUCCUUCUCAGAAAGCUAGGAAUAGUGCCAUGGAAAAGGCUGAGGGAGCAAGCCAAGGAAAACCUAGUGGUGGCACAAAGGCACCACAGCUUGGGCCUGCAGAGGAAAUGCCUGAUGACUUGGCUGCAGAAUGCCCAGCAGAGUCUCAGGGAGAAGAUGUCUCGGGCUGAGGACUUCAAUUCCCAUAUGUUACUGAGAUGGGGCUUCAGGAACUGGUUAAAGUACAAGGAUUAUCUCUCUGCUCAGGAGGAGAGAGCGAGCACCUUUCGCACAGUCUGCCUCAUGAGGAAGUGCUUCUGGGCAUGGUUUGAUCAUAUCAUGGAGGAAAAAAGGGCCUUAUGGCAGAGGCUGAAGAUUGCUGCUGAACACAGUAACAAGAGAAUUACAUUGAACGCAUUUAAGGCAUGGAGGCAGUACCCAUUACUGAUGAAAAAGGAAAGGGAAAGAGAGGAAAGAAGAAACCAGCUACGGAGGAGAGUAGCUGAAAUUCUCCCCAAUUUCCAAACAAGACAGAAGAGAGUCGGAUGAGAUGGGAAGGAGACAACAAGACCAGUUCAGUUCAGUGCUAUCUCCUUGCUGACUGAAACAAGUCCAGGGGGAAGGCUUACAAAGUACAGAGGAUCUUAGAGCAAAAAGGAGCUCCCUGUGGUCACUGUUGUUGUAAACGAAGCAGAGAUGGAAGCUCAUCUGACAGUUCCAUGUUGCACUUCAUGAACUUAGUCCUUUUUAAGCUUCUGUAGGGGUGUCUUGGCUUGUGGCUAUGAAGCCCAGAUAACCAAAGCCUAGCAUAGGCUGUCUUUGAGGCCAAGGCCAUUUCCACAUGCAGAGCUAGCUGCAGCCAUGACAUGAAUCCUCCUCCAUCCAAGGAAGCUCAGAACUGAACUGCACCUCUUUUUGCUGAAGCAGUAACCUGGUGCUUUUCUGUUGGCAGUACUAUGUAGGGUGACAGCUUGUCCAGAGGGCAGACAGACCUGAUUGUCAGCUGACUCCUAACUACUGCUGUGAACUUGGCCACCCAGAGCACAGUUUCUACCUAACUGUGCCAGGAAAGUUUGGAUGGGAGGGGGAAAGAGAAGAGUUUUUUUAUGCAAACCAUAAUUGCUAAUGAUCCAGAUGACAUAAUUGCAUACAGAAGGUCUAAAACCUGGGUCCUUUUUGUAAGAGGCUGCCUUGUUUGCCCACUGGCCAGUUCAUAAGCACAGUGCUUUGAUUUUGGUACCAUGCAGUGGUCCCAAGUUUAUGAGCCUCAACUGUCAUUUAAACAUUUUCCAAGCUGUUUAAUAUUUCAGGGUGUAUUGUGCAAGUCUUGAUUCAGUGUUUCACUUGAUGCAGUACUUCAAAGAAAAGAAAAGACAAAACUCCAAGAAAAAGGCAGAUUGUAGCUUUUACAGAAGCUAAAGCUGACAUGAUUAAAAUGGAAGUUUCAUACUACUGUUUAACCUUAACCUGCAGCAUAAUGCAGACAGAGUAAUGCCAUUCAGGUACACUAUGUCUUCGUAACAACAUAAGGCGGAAAGCUGGAAUAAUUUCCCUUUCACAGCAAGAUAGGCAAAGCUCUCCAAAAGCAUUUGGCAGUACAGGAAGUACUUGAGUAACCCCAGAAAGACAACAGUUUGCUGUUAUCUUGUAACAGAUCAUUAGUAAAACCCAUAUAUGCACUGAAAGUUUGCAAUAAACCAAAU